CACACACACACACACACGAUCAUGAUGGAGAGCGAAGUGAGAAAUCUGUCCACCUUCACCUGACCUCAGAACUUCACAGAACUUGGGAUUUAGUUUCUCUCUCUCUCUCUCUCUCUCUCUCUCUCUCUCUCUCUCUCUCUCUCUUUCGCUCCCUUUUUCUCUCUCUCCCUCUCUUUUCUUCUCUCUCUGUGUAGAUGGACAUUGCAGGUGGAGGAGCAUCCAAAUCCAUUUCAGAUGGAGAUUGAGGAAGAAGCUUUACCAGAACCUCAGUAUGGCUUUCAUGGAGUCCUGAGAUACAGAAGAGAGUCUGAAUGGAGACAAAUUGGUCUUCAGCCCACAUCUGCUAGUGACCAUACAGUGUGUUGUGAGUUUUGUGGUUCGAAAGCAAAGCUACCAUUCGAUUUUUCGAAGACCCCAGAUCCACUAGAUUUCUGCUGUGCUCCAUACAUGGAGAUGUUUAAGAAGGUGGAGCAGCAGUGGCACUCGCUUCAGGAAUCUUCACGGGACUACGACUACAACAUGGAUAAAGCACAGGAGUUUAGAGACCGAGCAAUACUUCAAGACGUAUUACAGCAGGUUGCAGAGGAGAGCAAAAAGGCUAAAAGGCCGACUUCAGGAACCACAGGAACCGAGACGCCGGGCUGCAAAGUGACGUCAUCGGGUUUAUUUACCACCAUUGUUUUCCGGCUUUCCGAUUUCCUGCGCACAAAAGUAAAGGAGGAUCGGCCAGACAAGGAAGAACCCAGAGCGACGUCCAAGCCCUGCAGCACUAGUUCUUCAUUUCCCGCUGGAUUUGGACUUUGCCAUCAUAAGGGCAACAUACAGAAGUUUUACUCUAGUGGGAGUCCAUUUCUCACAGCGAUUUCAGACGGCACCACCCAAGUCUUCUAUCCUUCAGGAAAUCUGGCCAUUAUGACUUUCGUAGAUGAUACAGAGGGGGUCUGCAUCGUUCUUGAUGACGUCCAGCCAAGCUGUCCAAUCAGAGCCUUCUUCCAGUCCAGUGGCAUUGCCAUCUGUUACCAUAGCAAUGGGAGUACCUGGUUGCACAUGGACCCUUGGGGAGCGCAGAGUCUGAGCGAAGACGGGUCCAAAUGCAAGAAGUGGAAAUGGAUGGACCAUGCAAAAAAGCAAAUCCCCUUUAAACCCGUCUACUUGUCACUCAAUAAACAUGUCGGGGUACAAGUUCGGGGCCAAAAGUUCGUCCUGGUGACCUUCCUGGCUUCAGGACAGCAGGCCCGCUUUAAAGUCGGCAGCUGCACCAAGCCGAACGACACUGCUCCACCUCUGUGUGAAGAGGAUCUGAUGCUGCGGGUGAGCCAGCUCAACGCCCGACUGGCGCUCGAACGACUGCGCUGGUGCAUCGAUGCACAAACUGAUGCCAAGCGUUGGCCCCUCAAUCUCCCUCCAAACCUCGUUUCGGAGGGACGCAGACUUCUAAAGCUCACCUCCAACGUGUGGCUGGAGGAGAAACACAAGGCCUACGUACAGAACUGUCUGCGUGACUGCCAGUGACCUCUGACCUCAGGAUCGGGAUGCUGUUCAGACAUGUAAAUAAACUAAGCACAGUCCUCGAGUGUGUUCUUCGUCUAAUGCUUCAGCAAGUUUACCAACAGUGUAAAGGUCAUCAAACCACAAAUGUACAGGAGCUACCGUGUGCAUUAUAUGAACAAAUGUUUGUGGGUACCUAAACAUAAGAUUGUAAGCGUUUUGAACGUCCCAUUAAACAUUUAUUCCUUA